AUGUGGGCUCUCCUCCUCUGGGUGCUCUCCUGUGGGUGCUCUCCUGUGGGUGCUCUCCUGUGGGUGCUCUCCUGUGGGUGCUCUCCUGUGGGGGCUCUCCUGUGGGUGCUCUCCUGUGGGUGCUCUCCUGUGGGUGCUCUCCUGUGGGUGCUCUCCUGUGGGGGCUCUCCUGUGGGUGCUCUCCUGUGGGUGCUCUCCUGUGGGGGCUCUCCUGUGGGUGCUCUCCUGUGGGUGCUCUCCUGUGGGUGCUCUCCUGUGGGUGCUCUCCUGUGGGUGCUCUCCUGUGGGUGCUCUCCUGUGGGGGCUCUCCUGUGGGUGCUCUCCUGUGGGUGCUCUCCUGUGGGUGCUCUCCUGUGGGUGCUCUCCUGUGGGGGCUCUCCUGUGGGUGCUCUCCUGUGGGUGCUCUCCUGUGGGUGCUCUCCUGUGGGUGCUCUCCUGUGGGGGCUCUCCUGUGGGUGCUCUCCUGUGGGUGCUCUCCUGUGGGGGCUCUCCUGUGGGGGCUCUCCUGUGGGUGCUCUCCUGUGGGUGCUCUCCUGUGGGGGCUCUCCUGUGGGUGCUCUCCUGUGGGUGCUCUCCUGUGGGUGCUCUCCUGUGGGUGCUCUCCUGUGGGGGCUCUCCUGUGGGUGCUCUCCUGUGGGUGCUCUCCUGUGGGUGCUCUCCUGUGGGUGCUCUCCUGUGGGUGCUCUCCUGUGGGUGCUCUCCUGUGGGUGCUCUCCUGUGGGUGCUCUCCUGUGGGGGCUCUCCUGUGGGUGCUCUCCUGUGGGUGCUCUCCUGUGGGUGCUCUCCUGUGGGUGCUCUCCUGUGGGUGCUCUCCUCCACGACUCCGUGAAGCUGAUCAAGUUCGCGGACGACACCACCCUCAUUGGACUCAUCUCCAACAACGAUGAGUCCGCCUACAGGAGGGAGGUGGACCGGCUGGUGUCCUGGUGCAGUGUUAACAACCUGGAGCUGAACGCCCAGAAGACAGUGGAGAUGAUUGUGGACUUCAGGAAGAGCACUGUCCCCCCGCCCCCACCCUCCGUGAUGGACUCCCCCAUCACCUCUGUGGAGUCCUUCCGUUUCCUGGGCACCACCAUCACCCAGGACCUCAAGUGGGAGCCGACCAUCAGCUCCCUCAUCAAGAAGGCCCAGCAGAGGAUGUACUUCCUGCGGCAGCUCAGGAAAGCCAAGCUGCCUGCACAGAUGUUGGUGCAGUUCUACACGGCCAUCAUCGAGUCCAUCCUCACCUCCUCCAUCACCUCCUCCAUCACCGUGUGGUUCGCUGGAGCCACAGUCAGGGACAAACAGAGACUACAGAGCAUUGUGCGCUCUGCAGAGGAAGUGAUCGGCCGCAGCCUUCCAUCGCUGCAGGACCUGGAUACGUUUGGUUUGGGAUAUUGA